AUGACGCAGAACUUGACCGCAGCCCAGCGAGUCUGGGGAAUCGCCGAGCUUCGCGAGAACAUCUAUCUCCAGAUGGAUCCCAAGACCUUGUUCAACAACCUCGACGGCCACAACACCGCGAAGGAGGUCUACGCCUCGAAAGCUUUGCGACGCAAGCUCUACUUCGAGCAGCUCCCAGAGCUCCCCUACACAGUCCCUGCCGGCAACGAGGCCUACGAGUUCACAAAGUGGGAGCCAAAUCGUGUGCUGCUUCCAGACAACCGCAGCGAGUUUGUCUUCCGCACUGAGAUCCUCGACGACAUGUGUGUGACUCUCAAGACCUUCACCAGGGGUACCUUUGCGAACGACGGACGCCCCACAAACCCAACCCAGCUCUUCAACCACACCUACCGCAUCCUUCAUGUCACGAUCGAGCCAUACCGCACGGACUAUCGCCCACCUCGCAUGCUCACCGAGGGAUUUGCCAAGAUGAUGCUCACUGACCGCGCUACGGAGUUUCGAAUCGAGUUCAGAGACCCGGAAAAGAACAGUGGCAACGUGUUCCAGCGUGAGCCUUGGUACAAGACUGCUGGUCCAGGUACCACUGUCGGCGACCUUGCUCGCUGGGCUGAGGAGCACUGUGAGCUUCUUCGGGUACAGGAGGCUGAUCUAUCGCCGCAGCAGCGCCUUCGACAGUUGGAGAAUGAGAGAGGCCUCGAGGUCUUCCGAGAGUACCAGAGGGAGUAUCGAGCACGAUGUCAGCAAUCCACCAACGAGAGAGCGUCUCUUUCCUGCAAUGGGGUUCCGUCUAUCUUCGGUCAGUCGGCUGAGUGGUACGAGAAGUUCUUUGCCACUGGCUGGGACGUCAGCAAGAUGAACACUUCUGCUUCGUGA